AUCUCAACGGCGCUUAGUUAUCUGCUCCCGAUCCCCGCGACGACACCCUCUCGCUUCUCUCUCCCCCGCCAGCCAGCACGCUGCAACAGUUCCGACCGCCAGUUUUUCUCGACAACAAGUCACCCUCGCGUUUUCCACCAGGUCCCCCAACUUCCACCUUCAAAAUGGGUAACGGAGCCAAAGCCGCGCAGAAGCGUGAUCGCAACGCAAAGGACGCAAAGGGCACCGCCAAGUCCCAGCUCAAGACGAACGAGAAGGCCAUGGACAUCCAGUGCCAGAUCUGCAAGUCGACCUUCCUCAAGACAACUCGUGCUCCUCAGCUCACUGAGCACGCUGCCAACAAGCACAGCAAGACCAUUGCGGAUUGCUUCCCUACCUAUGCCGCCGCGUAGGUCGACCUGCACACGCGAGACCGAGGCGAAUCAAGUGUGAUAGAAAGCAAGGAGAUAUUUGCAUUAACCUAUACCAAUGUUUUCGGAGUUGUUGUGAGUGGCAGGGGGGGAAGGAGGGCGUUGACGACUCACGACGUUAUACGAGCGACAUGAUCAUUCAGAGCAAAGAGAGAAGAGAAAAAUGCACAAGCGUUCAAAAGCGU